AUGAGUUUGCGUAUGUUCUCCAUCACCAUUGUCUUCCUGUGGUUGCGACUCAUGAAACACGUCAGAGGCUUCAGGCUGAUGGGGCCGUUCAUCGUCAUGUUGGGGAAGAUUGUUGGGGAUGUGAUGCGUUUCCUGUUCCUCUACGCGGAGAUCUUCAUCCCGUAUGCCUGCAGCUUCUGGAUCAUGUUCGGAGGGAUAGCUUCAGUUCCCAGCAUGCAGUCUGUCCUGGGCCUGCUGUACAGUCUGUAUCGGAUCACUCUGGUGGACGAGUACGAGUACGCUGCCAUGGUGGCUGUGGAUGAUGUCAUGGCUCCUGUGCUGUGUGGGACGUUUCUGGCAGCGUCUUCAAUCCUGUGUGUUAACCUGCUGAUUGCUCUGCUGACUGAUACCUUCCAGAGGGUUCACGAUAACUCACAGGCCAAUGCUAUGAUGCAGCAGGCCGCUGUCAUCCUGCAGGUGGAGGAAUCCAUGCCCCUCCUGCGUCACUUCUACGACAACCAGUACAUCUCCAGCCACUGCUCGCCAUUGGUCGAACCCUCUGAUGAUGGCAUCACAACAAACUUGCAUUACCAUGAUGAGAUGGGACGAAUUACAGUACAGAUCAAAGAGGUUCUAGACCAGUUCUUGGUCCUGCAGCGGGAGGCGGAGACCACAGAAGGUCCACGAGUCCAGAUGAACCAGGACCAGCAGAACCAGCAGGAGACCCAGAGGAAUAAGUGCCAGCAGAGCCAGGAUCUUCAAGAGGACCAUGAUAAACAGAAUCAGAACCAGGACAACAAAGACAAAUGUCGCCAAAUCCUACAGAGGCAGACCCAGGAGCUUCAGGCCUUGCGAGCAGAGCUGAAGGAGCUCCAGACUCUGGUCUUGCAGCUGGUUAAAACCAAGACCAACUCUGUAUAA